CCCAUGUGAUGUGACGCAGGCAGAUCACCGGAAGACGACCUGGUGGUCCGGUUGUUUGUCUUCUUUCUUUACAACCAACCCCACUACGGGGCGCAUUGUUUGCAGAGCUUUUCCCAAGUUCUGAUGAGUUCGACACUUUUGCAGUCUUUCUAUAAGUAGAAUCCCUCGCUGUCAAUUAUUGGUAACUGCUAGAUGGAAUAGGUUCCCUGCAUGCUUCAGGACGAGACAUUUGGUGUUAUCUUUUAGCAUUUCUGGGAGGAAUUCAGUAAUUUUGAAGGAAAUUGACGAGGUUUUGGAGGAAUGAGGAGAGUUUUGGUAUCUUGGUUGUGCGUUACGGCUGUAGUAGCCGCGGUGUGCUGCGUGGCCGUCACGGCUGAGGAAGAAAGGUCCGUCGGAGACCAUGUGGCGUUGCACAGAUAUUCCCCUAGGUCCGUGCGGAUGCUGUCCGAGCAAAAUGGGAUCACGAGUGGUGCCCGCAUGCCUCAUGAGGAGCGCGUCGAUGAUAAGUCAUUGCAGUCGAAUUUUAAUCCGUUCAACCGGUUUCAAACGUUCGGAGUGCGGAGAGAAAGCCAUGGGCACAAGAAAUGUGGAAUGGCUUCCAAAUUAGGCUCGUGGUGGUCGAAAGUGUUUCGGUAUGGGCGUGAUCACCAUAACGAUCACUAUCGUCAUCACCAUCUUCACCAUGAGCACGAUCAUGAGAACCAGUUUGAGAGUGAUACGGAGCAUCAUCACCACAAGCUACAUUCUUCAUUUGGAUGGGAUUUGCUCGGCAAGACUGGCCGAUGGUUUUCUAGCAUUUCAUCUUCCUCUUCUGACGAACCUAACUUGAUUACUUGGAGGGAGCCUGCAGAUAGAAGAAAAGCCCCUAUUAUUGAAUCUGUGACUGAACCUUUGGACGUGCACGCACUGCAAAAGAUUUCAAAACCGAGUCUGUUAUGUUCUUUACGGGAGAAGCUUUCUUAUGUUUUUGCAGCUGUUUCAGAAGAGAUCGUUACAACCACGAAUGGCCCUGAUAACUCCAACGUUCAAUCAGAUGUGAUCAAGAGAAACCUGAAGAAGUUCAUGGGGGACUCUAUGCAACUCAGAAUCAUAAGAAGUGUAUGUGACACCAGUUCAAUGUCUUCAUGUGAACAGGAAUUUUGUGAUGUUUUUCUCAGUCAUCCUAGGAGUGGAAUUCUCAUGGCCUUCCGAGUUUUAGGCCUUGAUCCAGUGAGAGCUGCUAUCAAUCCGGAAGGUGUUGCUUCACAUUUGGUACCUUCCAGGUUUCAGAGCAGAUUACUCAUGACUAAAAGUGAGUUGCUAAUGAUCACAAAUCUGGAAAAGGCUUGCAGUUUAGCGCGCGUUAUUUAUCAAGCUGUUCUUAAGGCAGAGCCGAAUGAAGAGACCACGCCAGUUUCAUCACUUAAGCUCAGGAACAUAUUCUCCAAAGCCUUUGGUGGAGAGCUGAACCCAUGUAAAGCCUGCUUGCGACAGGAGAUUUUCAGGUUAAAAAAAUUGACGAAGGAAGCCAUGAUUGAAGUCUGUGAAAGCCCAGCUGACUCUAAUUUGGGAGAAGCAUGCAAUUUUGCAGAAGAGAAUAAGUUUAUAUUCAAGACACUGUUUGCAUACAAGUUCAGGCUUUGGGAGAAGGCUGCUGCUGUUUGUAGAGAUCGUAAGGAAUGUGACCCUCUGGCAACCCCCUCCGUCGACAACUCUGAACAAGCGACAAAUGACGAAAGAGUGCCUAAGUUGCAUCUUACCCGUGUUAAUGCUAGUAUUUUCCGAAAUCCAAGAGGGGUGGAAGUCAAUCCUACGAAGGCCAGUUUCAUCCAUUGGAGGAGGCAUAACUGUAGGCAACGAACUCUCCACAGAGUUACGAUGCUUCGGGGACAUAGCUUGGAUGCUACUGCAUCUCAGUUGUUAAGUAGUGGCGAUGAUCUAUCGCUACAACCUGGAAAUGGUGCACUUAUAGUAGUGGAUUUCGUGAAACGUCCUCAGUUUGAGCUUAAUCAAGGAUUGAAUGUGGUUCCUCUGCCAGAGGAUCCAUCCACCCCUAAGAAGUGGAACUUCUUUCAUGGUACCAUGAGCAUGGAGGGUUUUGAAAUGCAAACAUUUGAACCCAGGUUAGAAGGCAUGGCGGAGCUAGAGUCUCUUCGUGAGUUUUUGAAGAGGCCCCUUCCAGACACCAGACCCGCGUAUGUGGAUACGGCGGUGGAGGAUACGAUUGACAAGCCUCACAUUAUUCCAGAUGUGUUGCCUACUGCCACUCUUGAUACUGAUAGCAUACUUGAAUUGCCCGCCAGCAAUGACGCUAACACGGAGCAUCAAGGUGUGUGAAAGUUUUCUUGAAAAGUGCCUGAAAUGCACAGCUGACUCAUGGCUGCUGUGGAAUGCAACGGGAAGGUUUAUGAGGGUGCAUCGCUCGAUGUUCAAGCCUAGGUUGUGAAAAGCUAUCCAUCUGGAAGGACUUCGCCUUAAACCCUAAUGUAUUUCUGAAGUCUGUAUGUUCUUUCUGAAGGCAGUUAGAAAUAUGCCGUCAUGAAGGAGAUGGAACUUUUGCAGGUGUGCGAGCAGCCCAAGAUCACGUGAAGUAAUCUUAAUCCUUUUGCUGUAUAUAUUUAAAGAAUCAGCCCUCUCUGAAGACUAGAGACUAUAUUAAUGCGUAUAGAUUGUGCAGAUCGAGAUGUUUAAAGUAAUUACUGGGUUGUAUUCCUGAACAUUCUAGUGGCUGGUGUGAUUCUUAAGAUGCAUGUAUACCUAUCUCCUCAACUGUAAUAAAUCCCAUACUUUUCUAAUGUCCA